GAAUUUAUCAAAUCUUUAAAACCUAAAACUAAAAUGCACGAGCCAUGGAAUUUUUAAGGACUAACAUGAAACUCACCCAAGUAAUUGAUUGUUGACGACGACCCAAAGAGCAAGACGAAUAAGCAUUUACUCUCUUCCCACGGCCGAAGCUGAUUGAGGAAUUAAUGGAAUACGCUGCAAAGGUGCCACUUCCAGAAGCUUUCCUUCACUUCUUAGAGGCCAACGGGCUCGAUCCAUCCAUUUAUACUUCAAUUGAUUCUACCCCACGAUACAUUCGGUUGAAACCCGGUUGCGAAACUUGUAUUGAAGAGGUUGAAGCAGAGGUUAAAUGCAAGCUUCAAAAAUUGGAAUGGUUACCGGGGUUUUACUCUCUUCCUGCUCAUGUUCAAAUUGCUGGCUCCAGGGCAUACCGAGAAGGAAAGAUAUAUGGAAUUGAUGCAUCUUCUGGAGCUGCUGUUAUUGCUUUGAACAUAUCACCAGGAGAUCAUGUCCUGGACCUUUGUGCGGCUCCUGGUGCUAAGCUUUGUAUGAUACUAGACCUUCUUGGCGAUUCAGGCUCUGUAACUGGAGUAGAUGUUGCAAGGCAUCGUUUGGCAGCAUGUAGAACAAUGCUGCAGAAAUAUACACUUGGUGAUCGGUGCCGGCUUUUUGUUGCCGAUGGAACAACAUUUUCAGUUAUUCCUUGCGGAUUCCAUUCUUACCAUAAAUCAUGUGAGUCUGGAUUUGAAGAAAGAGGGGAUGUGUUCAAGGAGUGGACAUCUAGAAGACCAUGGAAAGAGAGGAAGAGGGCAAAAAAGAGUGUUACUACACAGUUUGUGUCUAGAUCUCAGCCUCCUGAACUCAUAUAUUAUGGACAACAUUCUGGAGUUGUUGGUCUUACGAAAGGAGAAUUGUACAGGACUCUAUCUGACAAUGAGAUUGCAAACCAUGGCUAUGACAAAGUCCUUGUGGAUGCAGAGUGCACUCAUGAUGGUUCAGUUAAACAUAUUCAAAAGUUUGAACAUUGGGGCUGGGGAACUCUUCAACAUCGUCUACUAGAUGCUGAGAGGACUGAUAACUUACAUGUUCUUCAGUUGAAUCUUCUCAACAAUGGUUUCAGACUACUAAAAGUUGGAGGAUCACUCAUCUACAGCACUUGCAGCUUAACUGUUGCUCAGAAUGAAGAUGUAGUGGAACAGUUCUUGAAGGAAAAUGGAACUGCUGAGUUGAUGGAGAUAGAUGCUGCUAGAAAUUGGCCUUGCAAAGGUGGUCUUAUACAAAAAACAUGCCGGUUUGACGCCUUAACAUCACAAACUAGUGGACUCUUCGUGGCAAAGUUCACAAAACUUGUUAUUUGAUCUUCUCUUCUUAGAGAAAGUAUUAUUUUCAAAUGCCGGAUAGUUUUUUAUAUACUUCGAACACAUUAGAAAGUUUCAUAAAAUAGAUAAUUCUUUCAUCAUCAUCAUCAUUAUGCAGCCAAUUGGCUUGAAUUUAACUUGAUAGUUCGAAAGUUAAACUGUUAGUUGAAGAUUUGACUUGAGUCUGUGGAGUAAAAGUCUCAUUCCUGGCAGCAGAUCACCCUCUUCUUAAUGUUUAUUAUAAGUUCAAUGUUGACUGAAGGUCUCUGGGUAAUCUUCGGAGGUCAGGAUUGUUGGUUUUGUAAGGAAUGACGUGGGAAAAUGGCUGGUCGGUGUUUUUUUAUUUUUUAUUUUUAUUUGUCUCGAAUCUUCAAGCUGAAUUUCUGGCUCUCUUGAAUGGUUUUUUCAAGCUUGCAUGGGAAUGAGGAAUUAGGGAGAUUAUUUGCCUUGCGCCAUCAAGUAGGUUUAGAAUCGGAGUCCACUCGGCACGUUUAUAUGCUUGUAUUGUCAAUAACAUAAAAGGGCUCCUUCAUUGCCUUGGAGUAGAAGUUAAGCAUUGAUUGCUAAGAAUAAGAGACAUUGAUUUAGUUUUUGUCGUGUAAAACAGUUAAGAAUGUGUUUACUGUGAAAUUUUUUUAGCAAAAAAAAAAAAUACAGUGAAAU